GGCAUUUUUUUGUGUUUGUUUUUGUUGCUAGACGAAGCUUUGGAAGCUUUGUCUUCUUCUCACCUGCCAAGCGACUCUCGCUUCCUACCAACAAAAAGACUAUGCUUUUUCCCAGCUAGUCGGAUCACGGACUUGACAUGAAUCCUUUGCGGCGGGAUAUUGCGGCGUGGACGAGCCCCCCUUCGAGGCACGGAGUUGGUUUGGGGAAUAACUCUGGGGGUAUCAAGCGAACCGAAAUUUCAUGGGCCACCAACACACACAGCGCUAUUGAUGGGAUGUCAUAAACAAUGGGGUGCCACGGACAGGGGGGACAAGCGGGUAGGUGCAGCGAUGCGAUUGACUGACAGCUUGGUAGUUGGUGAUUCGUGAUCCAGAUGCGGCUGUCAUGCACGCAGACACGGGGGCCCCACUAUGAACAACGGCACAGGAGGCGCGCGCAACGACGAUGAUUCUGUUGAGGUGGGAGGUGGGAAUGAUGUAUGGUGACCGCGGACCGUUCGUCAAUCUGUGUCCUACCCGAGUUACGGGAAAUAUCACAUCCAUGGAGGGUCAUCCACGUCAUGCGUCAAAGAACGAUCAGGUCAUACGAUGUGCUGUAGUAAAGUUCCCUCGAGUUGGAUAGCUUGGCAUGAUACAAGCUUGCCUGUUUUUUCUUUGUUGUGCUUGAGGAGCUACGAGAGGGAAGUGCUUGGAAGUACCGAGGGAGGGUUGGUUCUUUCAUAGCUUGUUCCCUUCCCGGUGAAUAGCUUCGGCGAAUCAUGGAGUUGUUUUAGCUUGUUGUUGGGGGUAUGGGGUGGAUAGGGGGAUGACGGGAACUAGUGUUCUUGUUUCGCCUCUUGCUGGCGUAUACUGUUUGCAAGGGGGAUGUACUCCUUUGUGUGAGUGUUGCCUUUUUCAAAUAUGGGGAUGGUACGAAUGACGAGGUGUAUUGAAGAGGGGGGAUGAAUAAAAGGGCUGGGGUAGGGAUUCGCGCUGUUUUCAGUGGGAAGGGGUUUCUUUCUCUUCUGCUCUUCUUCUGGCCCAUCCCUCCCUCUCGUUCUCUCUCUCGUGGGAUUUUGUUUCAGAAGAUACACCAUCUGUGAUCAAGUUUUGGGUUUAGCAACCAUAACACAGUUGUGUAUAUAUCACCACUCAAUCUCAGCCACACCAUCAAGAUGAAGUUCCUCGCCAUCGCCGCCACUCUCUUCACCACCCUCGCCGUGGCUCAGAACCUCGAAGGGCAGCCCGCCUGCGCUACAUCAUGCCUCAUCAGCGCUAUUAGCGCUGCAGGCUGCGCCGCAUCGGACGUCGCCUGCCAGUGCGGGCCUACUCAGGUUUCCAUCGCCGCCUCGGCCGGUCCUUGCCUUCUCGACGCCUGCCCAAUGUCGGACUUGAUUUCGGCCGAGAGCGCGGGCCUAGCCAAGUGCGAGAGCUUCUCUGCCACUGCCGGUGCUGCUCCGACCCGUCAGGACAACGCCGGUCCUGUCACUGGAACUGGGACGGCGACUUCCACCGGGACGUCGACUUCUUCUGCUGGUGCGGCGGCUGUUAUGACUGCUGCUCCGGUGCUGGUUGGUGCGGCCUGUGUGGGCGUUAUGGGCGUGCUUGGUGCUAUGUAAAGAGCAAGGGCGAUAUGGGAAG